AUGGAGAGUCCCAGCUUGUUUGAACCGGAAGCUAACGCCAAUUCGGAGGCCAAUGGGGAAAAUUCGGUAAGUGAGAGCGUAGAGACCACUGAAAAGCCUAUAGAUUCUAGUGUGGAGGUUGAAAAGAAGGAAGAAAGUGAUGAAAAAUUGUUUGGGGAUGAGGAUGAAGCAAUGUCAGAGUCGGAAGAUCCGGAGAAUACGGAGAAUAUGGAAAAACCAGACACAGCGGUACGAGAAGAGCCACGAAUAGAUGAAGAGCCGGUGAAACAAGAGGAAAAUGAGCUUGUGAUACCGCAAUCGCAUGAAAUUGUGAUUCCCAAUUAUGCCCGUUGGUUUGAUCUACGCAAGAUUCAUCUUAUCGAGAAACAAUCGUUGCCAGAGUUUUUUACGAACCGUGUAGCGUCCAAGACACCACAGGUUUAUGUGAAAUAUCGUAAUUUCAUGGUCAAUGCCUACCGAUUGAACCCUAAUGAGUAUUUUGGUGUCACUGCGGCUAGAAGGAACGUUUGUGGUGACGCUGCAGCGAUCUAUAGGGUACACAAGUUUUUGAUGAAAUGGGGAUUGAUUAAUUACCAGGUGGAUGCCAAGUUGUUACCAAAGAACGUGGAACCACCUUUCACGGGUGAGUUUUCCACUAGACAUGAUGCACCAAGAGGGCUUUUCCCCUUUGAGAGUUAUAAGCCAUCUGUUCAACUGCCGGAUAUGGCGAAAUUAAAGAAGAUGAUGGACACAAAUAACGAUAAUAGUGCGUUGCAUAAGUAUUUGCACGAGAGGAAGAGAAAGAUGAGUAAUCAGGCUGAGCCCGAUGAGAAACCAGACGAAACAGAUGUAAAGCAAGAGUCAGAGGUCAAUGGCGUUGAAGAUCAGGAAUCUUCCCCAAACCCGGUCAAGAGGGCAAAAGUACUGGAAGAUACAAGCGUACAAUGGACAAGAGAAGAAUUGCAAAAAUUGUUAAAAGGACUGCAAGAAUACGGCUCCGAUUGGUAUAAAGUUGCUAAAGAAAUCGAUAACAAAACCCCAGAACAAUGCAUAUUAAAGUUUUUACAACUACCCAUAGAAGAUAGGUUUUUACAUGGAGACAAAGACAAUUCGGAUUUGGGACCAUUGAAAUAUGCACCUCAUCUUCCGUACUCCAAAAGUGAGAACCCGGUGAUGUCCACAAUAGCGUUUUUAGUUGGGCUUGUGGACCCCAAAGUGGUUCAACAGAUGACAGGCAGAGCUUUAAAGGCAAUGGAGGAUUUGGACAACAAAAAGACAGAAUCAUCAGCCGAAGAGACAAAAGAAGGUUCAGAGAUCGCUCUGGCAUCAUUAGGAGUCCGUUCACAUAUUUUUGCAACUAAUGAAGAGAGGCAAUUGAAUGCCAUCGCCAACGAAUUGGUCGAAGUUCAGCUGGCCAAGACAGAAGUCAAACUAAAAUUCCUUGACAAAAUCGAAAAAGCAUUGGAACUCGACAAAAAAGCACUACAAAGACAACAGGAAGAUGCAUUGGUAAAACGGCUCGCGUUUGCCAAACAUUCACGUACCGUAUAUGAAAAGCUCGAAAAAUCUAUGGAACUCUUCGACGAUAAAGAUAAAUUAGCCAAUCAUCUUUCGGAAAUCAAACAACUCCUCGCAAACCCACCAAAGAUGAGCAUAGGCUCAGCAUUUGGUGUUCCAAAUGAUGACGCAGCAUCUCCAUCGCAGGAAAAGACCGGGGCAAAAUCUGAACAUGAAGUUAAACCGGUUUCCAUUGAAGCACCACAAUUUUACAGAUACUGGUCUGCAUAG